CGAGGCUAGCAUGCUCAUUGAGCAUGCUAUGUUCGAAUGCAAUGGCGGCAGAUUGGAUGACAAGCACUAUGUCAAAUAAUACUGAAAAUGGCGAAGAGGAAGUUGAUGAUAGCUGUUUUGUUGAGCCUCAUCCGACCAGCAACUUCCAAUGUCAUUUCCCUGGUUGCAAUAAGAUAAUUCGGCACAAAAAACACUACAAAGAUCAUUGCAGGACGCAUACUGGAGAGAAACCAUACAGCUGCAGUGAGUGUGGAAAAUGUUUUCAAAGACCUUACCAUCUUAAAAGACAUAAAGCAAUUCAUUCUACAGAUAUAAGCUUCAACUGUGAAUAUGAAAACUGCUCUUACAAAUGCAAGUUUCCUUCAAACUUGAAAAAGCACAUAAAAAGAAUCCAUGAAGUUGAUAAGCCAUUCAAGUGCUCUGUAGAUAACUGUUCAGAAUCAUUUAAAAAACACAAGGAAAAGACCAUACAUGAAGCAUUGCACAAGGGGGAAAGUCCAUUCAAAUGUGAGAUGGAAGGAUGUGGCCGAUGCUAUCCAACUAAUAAAUCAUUAAAAGAGCACAUGAAAGUGCACAAAAGAGAGAAAGGAUAUCCCUGCAAGAAUGAUAAAUGCGGUGCAGUCUUCUAUACUUGGUCAGAUUUACAAAAACAUAAAUUUGCUUGCAAAGUGCUAAAAUGUGAAUCAUGUGGCAGGAUUUUUAAAGCUGUUUGGCAGUUGAACAAGCACAAAGUAAUCCAUGAUGACAAUCGAGUCAUGUAUAAAUGUCCAGUCGAGGGGUGUGACAGAGAGUAUACAACGGAGUCAAACGUGGUGGCUCAUAUAGGUGCAUGUCAUCAAGAAGAGAAGACAUUUGUUUGCCCAGAGGAAAGUUGUGGCCAGUCGUUUGCUCACAAGUGUUCAUUGAAGAGGCACCUUGCAAACCAUGGAAGAAUUAUAGAGAUGUAUAAAAGAAUUGCAAAGAACAAAAAGAAAAAGGAAAAGAAGAGACGAAAGCAGACUCGUGUUAUUUCGUCAACUAUAUCGAAAGUAACAGGAAUAAUCCCAGAGCUGCAUGGUUUGGUGAGCGAUUCAGACUGCAAAGACACAUCAGAUUAUGAAGCUAAGGACGGAAAUGUGAAGACUGUGGAGGAGAAUGGACUGUCAGGAGAAAAUCUUGGAGAAUAAGCUGAAAGGAAUACCUAAUUGUAAUAAAGAUAUCUUAGCAAUUGAAGACUCAAAUGUAAAUCGAAAAUAAAAAAUUCAAAUAUAAAUCAAAUACUGUAGAUGUGUUUGCAAAUUGUGUAAAAGUUUCAUUUAACUUUACGAAUUAAUAAUGUUUGUGGUUAUUUAGAUCGGACUUUUCGAAAAUUGGUAAUAGAAAGUCGUAAAGGGGUUCUGAGAACUAAGGAAAGUGUCCUAAAAAGGUUUAGGGGAGCAGGGAACAUUGAGUGUCCCUUUUGUCAUCAAGGAACACUGUAAACGGCAAUCUGGUGUUCAACAAUCCUUAUGGAAAAUAUUCAAAGAUAGUUAUCUGAAAUAAUCAUUUUAUGUUAGAAUUGGUUACUCGAGUAAUGAUUCGGUAUUCCAUACACCGAUUAAAUCCAGAAAACAUGUACAAAAAAUAAACGAAA